AUGUUUGCGGAUGGAGUGUCCUUACCUGGUCUUUCAGAGAAGGUCAUGUAUCAGACCUGCUUCAAUAAUCUUCGCUAUCCGGAUAAGAAAGCUGCUAAAGCAUUCCAAUUUCCAGCUAAGCGCAUGGCUGGCUACAAGAGUCAGGAUGCUAAGGCAAAACGAAAAUUUAAUAUGACACUCGAGCACGUGGGUACAUUGCUGCAAAAGCAAAAUGGCAUUCAAGAAGACCCAGAGAAAGCACUUAUUUUUGCUUUAGUGCAUGAUCCGGAGUUUAGAUUGGCAUCGGCACUUGCAACGACACCUUCGGGUGCCGACGUCAAUGUAAUUCGUGCACUUUUAUUUGUGUUUGAAGAUUACGAAGAUCAGCUUCGAAAGCUGCCGGGACUUUUAAUGUUUCGCGAGAUGGUUGAGGUGGUGAGGGCGCCGAAUGAAAUCUCAAGUCCGCGAUUCGACGGAAAACUUCAAAGCUGUUGGGAAGAAGUUAUAACCAAAUAUCAGGGCUGA